AUGCAACUGGAAGAAUGCGAAAUCGAGGAAGCCAAGGGGCAUAUAUCCGCUAUCCUCUCAACAUCAAGCUCAUACAAGCUCGCUGAAGACCAGACAGUCACUCUCAAGAUCCUCGUGCUGAUUUCGUGCUAUGCUCGACAUCUAGAGACCCAACUCAAACAGUCAACAUCUCCAGUAAAAAGCCUACAUAGUUCUUCAACCAGUCCAGAGCCAGAUAACUUACCGCGUCCUGUUCCCUUUCAAUGUGAUCUUCCACACGCCAAGGAAGAAGAAGCGGAAAGAGACUUACCGCUGUCCGACGGUCUACGGCACCUCCACUUUGGCAACACUGAUGCGAAGGAUACGUACUACGGAAAGGGUAGCAAUGUCAUGCUUUUGAAGACUGCUUUCAACGUCAAAGCAGCAACUUCUGGGCAGGAGCCCACUAACGCCACCCCAAAACGGCCUGAAUUCUGGACCUACUUCCCUUUCCAACGAACGAUAUAUGAACAAGCAACCCCUCUGUUCAUGUUUCCUGAUGUGGAUCUAAUCUUCCAUCUCGUUGCUCUCUAUUUCGACAAGUUUCAACUCAGUAUCAAAAUGUUGCACCGACCUUCAUUCGAACGAAACGUGUUCGAAGGACUCUACAUUCGCAAUCGAGCGUUUGGUGCUCUCUUGUUGACGGUGUGCGGUUUGGCAGCUCGAUAUUCGGAUGAUCCAAGAGUUCUUAUCGAGGGUGGCGGAGAGCUGAGUGCUGGGUGGAAGUGGAUCAAUCAAUUACGUCCGUUCGAGAUCCUGUCAUGGGAUGCGGAGACAGGACCCUCUGUUCAUGAGCUCCAGGCGCUGUGUAACUAUAUCAUGUUCAUUCAACCGACUACAGCAGGUAAUCUUACUUGGCCUUUGGUUUCACUCGGGUUUAGAUAUGCGCAUGUCGUCGGAGCGCACCGUAAUAGGUUCAUGGAGAGGAAAUCGUUGGCAGAGCAGGAGCUCUGGAAACGUGUGUUCUGGGUCCUGAUCGCCAUCGAUGCCUAUUCAAGUGCUUUCUAUGGACGACCCAGGUGUACGACCCCCAUUGAUUUCAACCAGGAAUUUCCCCUCGAAGUUGACGAUGAGUACUGGGAACACCCGGAUCCCGACAAAUGCUUUAAACAACCACCUGGCAAACCUUCAACAAUUACGUUCUGGGUGCAGUUCAUGAAGUUAUUGCGCGUUCUAGGAAUAGCUCAGCGGUCAUAUCUUGGACUGAACAAGCGCGGUUUGGAGAACCAUAUCUGGGGGAUACCAGACGAUGAAAAAGUCCUCACUGAGCUGGAUUCUCUCCUCAAUGUGUGGAUUGAUCAGGUCCCGGAGCAUCUGCGAUGGAACCUCAAUCGCGACCAACCAAACUCUGUGUUUUUCAAUCAGUCCGCAACCAUACAUUCUAUAUAUUAUUGGGUCCAAAUUCAGAUACACUGUCCCUUUAUUUCCAUACCAGGCAGGAACGACAAGUCUCCAGGGCUAUCGUAUUCUUCGUUAGCGGUAUGCUCUAAUGCUGCUAGGUCCUGUAUACGGCUUUUGGACAUUCAGGCCAAUAAAGGGGUCGUGGAUUGGACGACAGGACAGAUGUCUCUGUAUAGUUCUGCGAUGGUCCUGACGUUGAACCUGUGGGGCAAUUUUAGGUUAGGACUGUCCAUAGAUCCCACAAGGCAUAUACAAGACGUACAUCGAUGUAUUUCAGUCCUGAGGCGUUUCGAACCGCGCUGGCAAAAAGCAGGCGGGAUCAUUGACAUCAUAACGGAGAUUCUGAAUAUCACUGAGCUUCCGACUACCGCUUGCAUUGCAUCCAAGAAGCGUUCCAGGACUGAGAAUGAUGAUGCUCGGCAGAAUCCUUUUCAGCAGCCUAGCCAUGAGCCUGUUACCGACUUGGAGAACUGGUGGUCCAACCCAACAUCGGACGUGUCUUCCUCUGCGGGCUACACUGCAGGCCGCUCAAACUCAAGCUUUUGGGACCUUCCGUUAUAUACAGAGGAUCUUUCAUCAGGCACAGGAUUCUUUGAUUCCGUUCAGGCUGGCCAGGCGUUCGGUGGUGAGUUCCAGCAGGGUCAAGAAACGGACGCUGCCGCGGGUGAUUGGAUCAGUCAAACUGAGGCCGCUGGUGAAGAUUUUGGUAGUUCUGCUUUUACAGGUUACGCCUCAUUGGCACCGAACUCGAAUUCGGCUGAUUUAUGGGUGCAAGCUGUUGGAGGUGACGCAUGGGAGGAUUGGGCGAGAUACUUUGGUGCGAAUGUUUGA